UCUUUGAUGUGGACUAUGUGUCAGCCCAGCUGAGGCAUGCUGGGACCCUGGAGACCAUCCACAUCAGGAAAGAGGGUUUCCCCAUACGGAUUCAAUACUCCUACUUCAUCGAGAGGUAUGGGGUUCUGCUGACCCAGAGGUUGAGUGAGGUGUCGGACAGAGAGCAGACGGUGGCUCUGCUGGAGACGGUCGGUGCAGAGGAGGGACACUACCAGAUGGGCCUCACCAAGGUGUUCCUCAAGGAGCUUCUGUACCAGCAGCUGGAGGAGAAGUGGAGCAGCACUCAGACCUGGGCUGCCGUCACCAUCCAGAGGAACAUCAGGGGCUUCCUGUGCAGGAGGAACUUCAGGUUUUUCAAACAGAAAGCCAUCGUCAUCCAGAGCCACAUCCGAGGACACCAGGCCAGGAAGUACUACAAGCGUCUGAAGCAGUCCUUCACCCAGUUCUGGGCGGUGAUGCUCGUCACCAGAGACACCAUCAAGAGACGCCAUUGGAGGAAGGACUUUCACGAGAGGAUCAAAGUAAAAACUGUGACAAAGACCAAGUCUGUCUCUACGGGAAUGGAUGUGGGGAUGCUGGAGAUCCCUGCUGAGCUGUCAGCCAGACUCCGCAGUGCAGCAGGGCGGCAGCAUCCGUCAGGGGUCACAGAGGCCGCACCUCCACAGGUGAAGGCGGAGCACAAGCUCACCCUGCCUCUGGAUAUAGACAGAUACCCGUUCUCUCGUUAUGCCAAGUCUGUAUUACAUGAUACAUGGUGCCAGCCUCAGGGAUACCCCCUCCAGAGACCCCUCACCUCUCUGGAGCCUGAAGAUGCCAGAACUGCCCUGGACCUUUACAAACUGAUCAUGAGGUUUACAGGUGAGUCAGACCUCAGCAGCUGGAAGGAGCAGAUGUUGGGUAACUACAUAGUUGAGAAAGGCCAGAGCCGGCCCCCUCUGAGGGACGAGAUCCUGGCCCAGCUGGUUUACCACAUGUGGGGUCUGCAGGAGGAGCAGGACAGCCUGAGGGGCUGGCUGCUGCUGACCUGUUGCCUCAGUGCCUUCACCCCCUCACCAACACUGGACAAACCGCUGCUCAAGUAUGUGUCUGACCACGGUCCAGGGGAGUACCGCUCACUGUGCCAACACAAACUGCUGACAUCUCUGCAGCUCCCAGCUCCCACUGCCCGCAUCUACCCCCCCACCCAGCUGGAGUGGACUGCCAGUCAGAGGAAGGGCACCAUGCUGCUGGACGUACACACCUUCAAUGAUGAGAAGCUAACGACUGAAGUGGAGUCAUGGACCACUGGAGAGCAGCUGGCCUCAUGGCUUCUCCACUCCAGAGGUGUGUCGGAGGCGGUGCAGGGCUGGUCCAUGUCUCUUCUGACAGAUGAAGGCUGGUCGGAUCUGACUGGUUCAGACUUUGUCAUGGAUCUUCUGGCUGGAGCAGAAGCUGAAGUGCUGCCUCCACCAGGAACGCCCUCCUCUACAAACUCUGACUACCUGUUCAGCAGCCACGGAGACAGGAUGCCAGCUACAGAUAUGGAUGACUUCAUCCCGCCUGCACCUCCAGUCCAAGCUCCUGGGCUGCCUCCUUUUGAGGGAAACCCAUGGAGAAUAGAUUAUCCACAGGAAGGGCGUGGUCGACAGAUGGACGCCUACGUUGACGACUUGUUUGAUCCCGUACUCGACCAAGGCCCUCCGGACAUGGACAGAGUGGCCAUGCUAAACCGCAGGAUGAGAGGAGGAGGAGGGAUUGGACCCAUGCAGCCUGGCAUGUAUGGAGCUGGUGUGCCUAUGACAAUGCCAAGCUAUCCUAUGGGAAUGCCAGUUAACCCUUCAAUGCCCAGCUAUGGUGCAGCUCCCAUGAUGCCAACCAUGACAGCCAUGCCAACCAUGCCAGCCAUGAUGAUGGGUCAGACUGCCAUGUCUGCUCCUCCUGCCUCUGACCCCAUGCAGUCAUCAGCAACACAGCAGGCCCUCAUCAACCAGCAGGCUUUACUUAUGGCGCAGCAGAUGACCCUGCAGGCAAUGAAUCUGUCCCAGCAGCAGAUUCAGGAGCAACAGAAGAAGCAGGAGCAGCAGCUGAAGAAGGAGGAGCAGCAGCUGAAGAAGGAGGAGCAGAGAAAGAAGGAGCAGGAGAGGAAGCAGCAGCAGCAGGAGGAGGAGGAGGAGGAGAGGAGGCAGCGAAGACGACAGUCCAGUCGGCGCUCCAGGGAGCGCUCUCGUUCACCCUCCCCUCGAGCUCCCUCACCUCCACCUCCCCCACCCAAAACACCUGCAUCUAAAUUUACUUCCAACUACAGGCAGCCUGAGCCAGAGCCUGAGAGAGAAGUGGACUUACCAGAUCCAGAUGACCUGCAGUCUUUCCGUGACAAGAGGGCGUACUUCCAAAAGAUCGGCGCUCAGCCCAACAGUGAAAUCAAACCCCAAAAGCCUCGGCGGCUGCCCCCCUCCAACCCGCCCAGACAGCAGCAACGCUCCCCGCCAUUAUCUCCUCCAUCACCCCCACCUACAAAAUCCAAACCUAAAGUGAAGCCUGCCCAUGACCCUCCUGCCAGGGAAGCAAACCCCCCGAAACCAAAACCUAAACCUAUCAAGCCUGAGGUGGAACCCACCUCCAACAUCCGAGAAAUCAUCAAACAGUAUAACAACCGACCACAACCAGACCCCAAACCCUUUGAGCCUGUCAGACAUCCUGUAAAGCACUUCGUAAAGAGGAGUGACCCCAAAGAGGAAGCUCUGGCUAAACUCAAAGACAAAGCACCAGUGUCAAAUCACAAGAAGAAGUGGGUGCCUCCUCCAGCGCCCGGGAAGCCUGAGAGGGACCAGUCUCCUCUCAGUUCCCCUCCGUCUUCACCUCCCUCCACCGGGUGCCCACGCGUCAUCUCCAGCAACAUGAAGCAGAAGCAGCGCUCCCUGGAAGACCUGUUCGGCUCGCAGCGCUCCAACCAGCCUCCGCCCGCUCCCCCCGACUCCCCACCGCCUCCUCUACACCUAGCACCCAACCUGCAGGAGAUCCCUGACCCACCACCCAUGGCCGCCCCAUCUCUCAUACCUGAAGCUGUGAUGCUGCCAGAGGAGGACGGCAUUCGCUCCAUGCUCCAGCGCUUUUCUGCUGGGGUCUACUUCUCUCACUCCAACAUGCCGGGAAAAGUGUUCAUGCGAAAAGAAGUGUUUUAUCCCAGAGAGAUGUUCAACCAGCCUUACAUCCUCAACCUGCUGUGUGAACAGAUCAUGAGGGACACAUACUCCGACGGCUGUGUGAGGAUCAGCAGAGAGGAGAGGAGGAAGAUGAAGGAUCUGCUGGCCAAUUUCAGUGUGGGAACGACUAUAAGCACCAUCCAGGAUGACCUCAUGAAGAAGAGGAUUGUCAUGGCCGCUCGAGACAACUGGGAAAACUACUUCAGUCGACUGUUCCCUGUGAAGGCGGACGGCGGGGAUGCUCAGGUGCUGGGUGUCUCUCAUCGUGGGAUUCAUCUCUUGAAGGUCAUCAGAGCUUCAGGCAUCAUCCCCAAACAUCUCCGUCUGCUGAGAGGCUACAGUUUUGCAGAGUUGCUGUCGGUCGACCUCCAGGGUUCAGACCGAGUGGAGCUGGAACUGAAGAGUGAGAACCUGGUGCUGCAGUCCGCCAGAGCCCCUCAGAUCACCGCCAUGAUCCGACUGUUCCUUCAGGAGCUCAUCAAGGACUCUGGCCAUGUCGUUGCCCUGAAGAGUUUUGUGACAGAUGACAAGAGUUUGCUCAGUUUCAGCAGAGGUGACAUCAUCAAACUGCUGCCAAUGGAAGGACUCCAGACAGGCUGGCGUUUCGGUUCCAUGGGAGGGCGCUCUGGUCUUUUCCCAGAAGAAGUCACUCAGCCAUCUGCGGCCCCGGACUACCACUGCUUCCACCUUGACCGAAGAGAUGAUAGGAGGAAAAGCAUGAGGGGUGCUACACCUGUCAGUCCGCCCAAAGGCCACCCAUCUCCAGGUCCCGUCAGCAGACGCAACGACAGGGCUGAUUCGAAGCGGCCCAGCAGAGAGGCCUUGCCCCAGGGUUUGGGACAGGGAUUGGUGUCAGGAUCAGCACGCAGCUCAAUUCAGGGCUCAGUACUUGACAUGGAGAUCCUCUCAGCCAUGGCUAAGUUUGCCAUGAAGUACUUUAGAGUGGGGGGUACAGGUCUGCCGGCCAGUGGAAGGAACUUUUCAGAGGUGGUUCAACACACACAGGUCCCCAUACAGGAGUCCCUCAUCCUCUACAAUGAUCCUGAAAUCAAUGAUUUAUCCGUCCAGUGCUUCACGAACUUGAUGCAGUUCAUGGGUGACAUACCAAUGAAGAAGAAUAACAACCAGUCAAACUGCCUGAGCCAUAUCUUACUGCUAGGGAAGGAGAAGGAGCUGCUGAGAGAUGAAAUCUACUGCCAGGUCAUCAGGCAGACCACCAACAACCCGACCAAAUCCAGCUGUACCCUCGGCUGGCGGCUGCUCAGCCUGAUGACCGGGUUCUUCUCCUGCUCUGGUACUCUUCAGCCGUACGUCACACAUCAUCUACACUCCAUCUCUCAGGACUACGAGCACCCAUACCAAGAGCUGGCACGCUUGUGUCAGGAUAACCUCCAGCGAACUCUCAGUUUUGGCGGUCGCCGUAGCCUCCCGUCAGAUAUCGAGAUGGAAGCCAUUCUGGCUGGCAAAAACUUUCGCCGUACUCCUCUCCAGCUGCCAGGAGGCGUAGACUUCGCCAUCAAGAUACGCAGCUUCACUAUGGCAGCAGAUGCGGCAGCAGACAUCUGUAAAAACAUGGGUCUCUCAGAACCCGCAGAGAUCAAAGAGUUCGUCAUCCUCGCCAUUAGACUCAAAGGCGGGUUGGUGCGCCCCCUCCAUCCUGAGGAGUAUCUGUUCGACUUCCUGCUGGACGACAACUCCAUGUUCUUGUCUCUGAGGAGAGUGAUGUGGAGGAGCCCCCUGUCCUUCAGGAGCGACCUCUACCUGGAGUUCCACUACCAGCAGCUCCUGAGUGACUACCUGAGUUGGCGGCUGAUGGUUCCUCUGGCUGCAGAUGGUUCUCCAUCAGUCCAGCACAUAGCAGAGCUAACAGCUCUGCAGCAUCUGGCUCAGGGACAAGGGAACCCCCCCUCACUGCCAGAGGUGAAGGAGUACCUGCCCUCACAGGACAGGGUCAGCAUUAAAGCUGAGGAGAUCCAUUCACUGUGUCUGCGUCAAAUACUCACCCUGCAGUCCCUCAGUCCUCAGGACGCCAAGAUACGACUCAUCAAGUUCAUGAGCACGCUGCCUUUGUUUGGCUCCAACACUUUCUUGGCCCAGAAGGUCAGCCUGCGUGGCUGUCCCUCCCCCUGCGUGGUCAGCAUGGGCCCUGAGGGAGUGCUGUUCAUUAACCCUAAAACACAGGAGCACGUGUUUCUGAUUCCUCUGGCAGAUGUGCAGUCCAUGAAAACCAUCCGCGCCAAGAAACAGGGCAAAAUGCCAUCAGUCGACAUCAAUUACGGCAGUCCAGCUCGGCCCGCAAAAGUCACCAUUCAUCUCAAACAGGUGAAAGAGUUGUGCCACAUCCUCGCUCUGAUAAUGGAAGAGUUGAUUGGGCCACCAGCCAGCAGCUCUGUUUCCAGUAACCUGUAGAGACACACACACACACACACACACACACACACACACACACACACACACACACACACACACACACACACACACACACACACACACACAGACACUUGCACAGUGUGUGAGUUUUUGUUAAUCACUGUCUUCUGUCACUGACUUUAUUUUUAUGUACUUUUUUUGUUAAUUUAUCUUUUGUUUUUUUUUCAGUGUAACUUGAAAACUGUGUCACUAAUAUGAACAAUGAACAUGAAUACACAGACAUGAUGCUGACAUCAUCUUCAGUGUUAGGUUGUCUGAGAGGAAAUGAUUAUACGAUUCAGGAGUGACUGGCGUAAUUCACCAGCUGUUGUAUGAAUGUCAACCAACGCCUUAAAAUUGCUUUCAGUGUAAAGUUUGUCAUUAUCAUUAUUGGAAGUUAUUUUAAUAAUAUUUUGAGAUAUAUGAGAAUAAUUUAUAAGCAUUAAAGAUAUAUGUUGAUUUAAUUCAUCUCAUGUUUAUUUCUUUUAUAUUUUCUUAUACCGAUGCUGCAACAAAUGUAACUGAUUUUGAGAAAGAAAAGUUUCUGUUUUAAAUAGAUUCUAAACUUUCUGUUGUAACUUUAAAAGAACUGAACAUGAUCUGGUUUGAAGUGUAAUGUCCAUCUCUGCUGGAGCAAACAAGCACAAUGUCAUCUAUUCCUUAACCUACUGUACUAAUUACUUUUUGAAGGAAUUACUUAAGUCUAUAAAAUGUCAUAAAAGAAUAAAUAUAUUUAAAGUGA